AUGGAUUUGUCAUUCGCCAACGAGUUUGAUGAUAUAAUCGACAUCAAUGAAGAGGAUGAGAUCAAUGGCAUUCAAUUUGCAUUAGUCGAUGACGAUUUUUGUCAGAAUCAUGUUACAAACAUUGAAUUAUGUAAAGAGAGAAAAAGUGAUUGUCUUGAUCAAUACUUGGUAAUAGCUGGUAAAUCAUAUUGGAUUCCUUUUGUCCCUGAUGAUAUUAAGCCAAUAAUAAAGCAUAAAUACCCAUCUGAUGAUGCAAUUGAAGACAUGUAUAGAAGAUAUGCAUGUGCAACAGGUUUUGAUGUUAGAAACGCAACAAACAAAAAGAAGCGUGGAAUUGUGUACAUCAAAUAUCUUCUAUGUAACAGGGAAGGUUUCCCAAAUACAUCUCCUGUUGAUACUUUGUACCCAAAAAUAAGUAAAAUUAAAAGAAGGGGUGACACUAGUAGGACCGGAUGCAAGGCACAUAUACGAUUUAAAAAAUUUCCUGGAACUACCAAUUGGUUGUUAUAUGAAUUUGAAGAAAAACAAAAUCAUCCACGUUUAUCGAAAGACAAUAUGUUGUUUUCACGUCAUCAUAGGCAGUUGGAUGACACUCAAAAAUCUUUCAUUCUUACAAUGUCUAAUCAGAAUAUUGGUGCAACCAUAGAUCACAGGCUGUAUACAAGUAUUCUUGGUGGAUACAAAUUUGUAGGCGGCCUAAUUGAUGACUUUAAAAAUUACAUGAGGGAUCUCAAUUGCUUUAUUGGUGGAAGUGAUGCUCAGAUACUAGUGGACAAGCUGAAUAACAGAAAAGAGAAUGUUAAGAAUUUUUCUUUUGAUUAUCGAGUUGAGAAUAAGCAGUUGAAUGCUCUUUUCUGGGCAAAUGAAACAUCCAAGAUCAAUUAUAAAGAGUUUGGUGAUGUAGUUUCUUUCGAUACUACUUUUCGAACUAACAUGUUGUACCAUAUGGUUUUCGUCCCUUUUACUGAAAUUGAUAAUCACAAGAGGUGUGUCACUUUUGGUGCUAGCUUGUUGAGUAGAAAAGACAUUGAUUCCUAUAUAUGGUUGUUGAAAUAUUUUCUUAAAGCUUCUGGCAAACAACCAUUAUUGGUUUUAUCCGACCAAGACCCUACAAUGAAGAAAGUCAUCGAAACCGUUUUCCCAUAA